CGCGGGAGGCACCAAGUUCGCAGCCAUGGCAACCACCGCGUCGGGGUCUAGCAAAGAUGCGCCCACCAAUCCCCGUGGCAUUCCGUUCGCGCCCUUCGUCGACAAGGUCGAGGACUAUGUCACCUCGCGCGCCGAGGUCGAGGGCACCUUGAAGAGCUUCCAGGAGAUGAUCUCGAAAUACCAGUUCAUGGAGGUCAACACGCAGCGCCGGGCCGCGGGCCUGAAGGACAAGAUCCCGGACAUCCAGAAGACGCUGGACACGGUGCAGUUCAUGAAGACGCGCAAGCCGGGCUCUGAUCCCAUCGAGACGACGUUCGAGCUGAACGACACGCUGUACGCGAAGGCGCAGAUCCCGCCUACGGAGGAGGUCUACCUCUGGCUUGGCGCAAACGUCAUGCUGUCGUACCCUAUUCCUGAGGCCGAGACGCUGCUGGACCAGAAGCUCAAGACGGCGCAGCAGAGCCUCGCCAACUGCGAGGAGGACCAGGAUUUCCUACGCGAGCAGAUCACGACGCUCGAAGUCGCCACGGCACGCGUGUAUAACUGGGACGUUGCGCAGCGGCGCAAGGAGAAGAACGAGUUCGAGGAGUCGCAGGCUGCUGCCAAGUCGGACUGAGCGCUUAGGAGUGGCGUCGUUGAGGGAGCCUGAAUCGAGGUCUCCAUCACUUCGCCGUUUCUCUGCCCUCGAGCACAAGACAAGUGGUACCCGCGUAAAGUCAUCGCCAUCCUCCUUAUGGGAGCCGGAUACAACGCUAUCCGACUUGCAAUGCCAUUGUGGCUGCGGGUGCGUAGAUGUCUCCGAGCGGAGAGAUGCCGGUGUAUAUAACAUUGAGCCAAUCUAAAAAGUUACCGCUGA